AUGACCACAGUAACCACAACGACGACGUCAACGUCAACCAACGGCCCCGCUCCCCCAAGAACCACAACGCUACCCCCAAUCGAUCCUGCCGCGAGCAGACUGUUCAAGCCCCUGACGGUGGGAAACAUGCAACUUCACCACCGCAUCGUAUUCCCCCCACUGACGCGGAACCGCAACGAUGACGACCACACCCCGCUCCCGUUUAUGGCCAUGUACUACGCAGACCGCGCCUCAACCCCCGGAACACUCGUGAUAUCAGAAGCAACGGCCGUAUCCCACUUGGAAGAGGGCCAAGACAACACCCCCGGAUUCGUCAGCGAGCGCCAGGUCGCGGCGUGGAGGGAGAUUAUAGACGCGGUGCAUGCGCGCGGGUCGUUCUACUUCCAGCAGAUCUGGGGCAUGGGCCGGGCGUCGUACCCCGAGUUCAUGGCGAAGAAGGGGCUGAAGUAUCGGUCUAGCAGCGCCGUGGGUAUGAAAGGGGUUGAUGCGAUCCCCGAGGAGAUGACCGAGGACGAGAUUCAGGACAUUAUCCAGAGCUUCGUGGAUACCGCUCGGCGGGUCAUUGAAGCGGGCGGCGAUGGCGUGGAGAUUCACUGUGCACAUGGCUACCUGCUCGAUCAAUUCCUGUCUGACGCAGUCAACAAGCGUACCGAUAAAUGGGGCGGCUCGACGGAGAACCGUGCACGGCUCGUACUCGAGGUCGUCAAGGCGGUUACAGACGCAAUCGGCGCCGACCGAGUCGCGCUGCGGCUGUCGCCCUAUGCAGCGUUCCAGGAUGCCGAAAAGGGGGACAUCCACGGACAGUAUCUCUACAUCAUCCAGGAACUGAAGAAGAUGGCAGCGCCGCUGGCGUAUCUGUCUCUGGUGGAAGCAACCGGAGACCCCGGGGCAAUGAUCUUUGGAGGGAAAGCCGUCAACCAGGGCAAGACGCUGGAUUUCAUUCUCGAGGCCUGGGAUAACUGGUCUCCGGUCAUUGUCGCAGGCGGGUACAUUCCCGAGACGGCGGCGUGGGCGCUGGAAGAGCACUACAGCAAGUGGGACACAUUGGUCGCAUUCGGUCGGCAUUUCCUGGCGAAUCCCGAUUUGGUCUUUCGGAUUCAGCAUGGGAUUGCGCUGAAUAAGUAUAAUCGGCCGACAUUCUACCUGGCGAAGAGUGAGGUCGGCUAUAAUGAUUAUCCUUUCAGCAAGGAGUAUCUAGCGGCCCAUACGGAACAAUAG